AUGCCGUCAUUUAAACGGUCAAGUACCAAAUCAGCAGGCGCUGGGUCUGAAUCGGCAUCGGGGUCAAAACAACCAUCUUCUGGUAAUCUAAACGCUGUAUCCAAAAAGCCAAUGGCAAGCUCUGAUAACUCACUACCCAUGGCUUUCAUGCACCCGCACCAUUAUUAUCUCCCCCAACCAAUACCUCAGCCGAUUCGAAAAACCCCACCUCAAUCACUUGCAAAAACGAGUCAAGAAUCGUUCAAAGAACCCAACUAUACGACAAAUUCCAACCCCUCUUCAAGAGAUGGAAGCCACGGACGAAGUAACAGUUUCAGCAAUACUGAAUCACUAUCGACCAGUCCUACGAAUACCAGUUGUCUGAUAGGUUCCUCGUCAUCAUCGAAGAAAGAACACCAUUCACCAACCGCCUCGAUAUCCGCUUCUUCAUCUAAUUCUAGUCACCCAAAACAACCUGUCUUAUCGCAUUUCUUUUCAUCACGAAAAUCUAGAAUUGCUUCUAUAUCACGCAACUCAUCGCCAUCACUUUCAGAAGACGAUGCGAGUUCUGUGAAUUCAACGAAGGAGCCUUCUAGUACACAUCGACCUUUGAUGUUUUUCGGAGGGGGUGGUAGUGGCAACAAUGGCAGCUCAUCUCAACGGAAUCGUUCAAAUUCACAACCUCAGAUUAGCGACCCAUCUCAUUUAUCAUCCUAUCGUACGCUGUCAACUGAAGAUGAAGAUUGUCAUCUUCGAGUGCCCCGUAAAACUAAUACCAGUCCACCAAUGCACAUUGCACAUGACUCGCUUCCUUCAACUACCGACAGCCGAUAUGCAACCAGUCCGGUUACUACAACUGAUAUGUCCAAUGGUGUUCGGUCUAACUCAGUAAUGUCCACUGACAGCAGUCUUGGAUACAGACGUAACAGCAGUGUCAGCCAAGAUACCAAUCCCGUUAGUUUUGGCAGCCUCGCCAGCCCUCCUGGUGGUGCUUAUCGAAAGAAGAGUGAUGCUGGCCUGCUAACACCACAGACUACUGUUCUUGGAGAAGGAAUUAGAACUGGCUCAAUAUCUGCUGGUUCUACAUCGCCUGCCAAAUCGAGUGGGAAUACGACUGCUCCUGGCACCCCUUCAAUUGCUAUUCAACCUAAUAAUACUCCCGAGGCUCUUGUCGGUAAUGUCUUGGAAAAUUACUACACACAACUAGCCACGAAGCAGAAAAAUGACAAUGCUGCUAGAGCUGCCAGUGCAUCCAGCCACUCCUCUACACCCACAGCCUCAACACUACCCACCCCGCCUGCUGAUGCCCAAAAUCAAGAUAUGUCCCCUAAAUCUCACCCUCUGCAGUCAUCUACACCCUCAAUUCAAUUUUUGUCGCUUGGUUCCAGCAGUCUAGCUCCCAAUGUCGCCAUCGGAACUCCUAUAAUCAGAUCAACCUCAGAAAAUGGUUCCGAACCAGCACCGAUUAAAGUACCUAGCACGAACAGAACAAGAUCUACUGGCAGUGCGUCUCCAUUAUCCUCGUCCUUAGGCACCGCCACUUCGGUGGCAGGCCUAGGUUCUGCAACAUAUAUGAACAAAGUAUCAGACCAUUUGAAUUUAGAAUCAUCGUCUUCGACAUCAUCUCUACCGCCAAGGAAGCUUUCUCAAGUUAGCCAGUUGAGCCAAGUCAGUGCAGCUUCUUCGGCAGGCUCUCUUCCUGGAACCACUUCGUCUACCCCUAGAAAUACCGGUAGAUCCACCUCAUCUCCUACGUCCGAUGUCGCAAGCGCGAAUAAAAUGGUUUGGGAAAUGUUUGUCAAAUUUGUUAGCAAUAGUCGACUAUCUGACUCUUUGAUAUAUGCUGCAACUCGUAAAGAAGCUUGGCUACAAUAUUCUGAUACGGGUUUCAGGAACACACAUAUUAUUGAACUAUGGCUUAUGAUGGCUUUGAGAUUCCUGUUCCAGAACCAACUAUUAUUCUCACCAAAGGCAUUAGAAGCGGUUGCAGAAUCAUCUGGUAAGUGCGUGCUUGAUAUCCAAGGAGUGUUUAAGGACCAUUGGGCAUGGCAACUCGCUAUAGAUCAUCCAGAUGCUAUGGUGUACGGAUUGAAGUUUGACCCUUCUCAAACAACAUACUCCUCCCCACCUAACCACGAAGGGCCCGCUAAUUAUAUUCCAUUUGUUGGCCAUUCUCUCAGCCAGUUGCCAUUUGAUGACAAUUUUUUUGAUGUUAUCAGUGCAAAGACUUUAUGGUAUCUACUGAAAUCAGACCAAUGGGAUGUUGUUAUAAAAGAGCUGUACAGAAUCCUUAAACCUGGUGGUGUCAUUGAAUUACUGAUUUCUGAUUACACACUACUGAACCGGAGUCCCAUUGAUCAAAACCUCUGGGACAGAUAUCAAGAUGGUGUUCUGGCUAGAAAUAUUGAACCUUUCCCAUCAUACAAAUGUGCAGCUAGAUUGCACAAUGCUGGUUUCCAAGAUAUUCACCGAGCAAUGGUAGCACUACCACGCGCAUGGGGUGGUCAAAUUGGUCAACUGACUGAUUUAUUGUCAUCUUAUUACACUUUAUCUUUGGUAAAGUAUUUCAGUGACUUUCAACCUCACGAAGUAGAAGCAUUUAAGUACCGUUCAAAACAUGCUAUUGAGAUGCACCAUUACGAAGCUGGAAGUAUUUUCUUGUUUUAUGGUACAAAGCCGGAACCACAAAAUAAAUAA